UGCUGGCAGGCCUCCCCUGCCGUGGGGAUGGAUGCGUGGGGAUGGAUGCGUGGGGAUGGAUGCGUGUGCACGCGCUUCCCACGCCCCAGGCCUCCCGUGACGUCCCGGCUUCCUCCGCCGGCCUUGCGUCACCGCGGGAGGAUGUUGCUGGGCUCGGGGAACGGGGCCCUGGAGCCGGCCGGGCCGCCUCGGGUGGCCGGAGCCAUCCGUGCCUGUCCCCCUCCUUUGUCCUCUUCCCCAGCCGCGGCCGCUGGGCUUCCCUCGCCGUGGGGAUGUGGAGCCCUGGAGCGGGACUGCCGGGCUCCCUCUGCCCCCUCGGGCUGUCACACUGGCCGCGUUGGUGGCGCUGGGGGCUGCAGAGCCAGGGCAAAAGGUCCCGUUCUCCUUCCAAAAUGGUCGGUUGGCUGGUUGGUUUUCCUCUCCUUUAAAAAUCCUUCCUUUCUACAGGGAGGUUUAGGAGGGUUGGAUCGGAGAUGCCGAGUCCUCAAAACCUCCGUGGAAGAGCCCCUCCUGCAGCCUGUGCUGCAAAUGCAGAGCUACCAGGUUUUUUCCUCCUGGGAGCAGCACUGCUCUCUCCAGGGUGUGAUAAAAUUCCAAGGAAUGGGGAGUGUCCUUUGCCUUCUGUCCCCGCAGGUGCCUGACAUUUGCGUUUCUCCUGUGUCAUGGAGGGGGCAGAACUUCCAGAAACAGGGUUUUGGAGAUCCUGCGGUGGCAGGGAAGGCUGGUUUGUGGCAGGAGAGGGAUCUGAGAUGUUUGGUUUGUUUGGGAAUACUGGAUGGAGAAGGUGAAAAGGUGUUUGCAGUAAUGGCUCCAGGUUUGGGUCAUCAGCUUGGUGUGGGGAAGGCUGCCUUUCGUGCUGCCCUUGGUGGCUUGGGAGCCAAAAUAACGGGAAUUUCCUUCUUUUCAUGAGUCAGUGGUGGCUUGGGCUGGAACAUGCCCUUGCUGCCACCCCUUCAUCCUUCUUGGGACCAUCCACUCUCCCGUGGAUGAAAGCCAGCAAGCCAGGGGGGAAUUCACCCUUCUCCUCUUAGGCCAGCCUUGGGACAUCUCUUCUGUCUCUCUACAGUUCCCUCCCUAGCCUAUCCCUGAGGAGCCAAACCAAUUUUCCUUGAGGGUUUUCAGCCCAGCUGCAGUUUUCACAGACUUGUCCCCCACUUCCCCAGGCUGAAGAAGGAGGGCAAGGUUUGCUGCCUGGGGGAGGAGGGCUGGAGGAACCCCUGGAUUCCGGCAGCGGUGGCUUUGUCACCACCCUGCUCCAGCAGAGCGGGGACGUGGAUGACGCCAGCGCUCCAAAGACCAGCAUUGUUCCCAACGCCCGGCCACGGACAAUUCCACUGCCAGUGCUGCCCAAACAGGACUUGGUGCUGCGGCUCCGGGUCCCAGGCUUUGUUUUGGGCACGUGGAGCGAUCCCAGCUCCGCUGGGAUUGAUGUGUGUGUAAAUCCAUCUGGAAUCAGGGCUAGGAAUGAUGAUGAGACCAGUGGAGCGCACCAAGGGGGCAGAGCUGUGGCUGCAUUGAUGCUCAGCUCCGUAACGCCUGGCUCCCUGCUGUUGAAUGGCGGCACUGGCAACCAAGCAGUUCCUGGAGGAGAUCAACAAGUGGACAGGCCAGUACAAUGUGUCCCCUCUCUCCUGGAACGUGGCUGUCAAGUUCCUCAUGGCCCGCAAGUUCGACGUCCUGCGGGCCAUCGAGCUCUUCCACUCCUACCGGGAGACACGGCUGAAGGAGGGAAUCGUGAAGCUGAAGCCGCACGAGGAGCCGCUGCGCUCGGAGCUGCUCAGCGGCAAGUUCACCAUUCUGAGCGUGCGGGACCCCUCGGGAGCCUCCAUCGCCCUGUUCACAGCCAAGCUGCACCACCCCAGCAAGAGCGUGCAGCACGUGGUGCUCCAGGCACUCUUCUACCUGCUGGACCGAGCUGUGGAGAGCUUUGAGACACAGAGGAAUGGGCUGGUGUUCAUCUACGACAUGGCAGGGUCACAGUACACCAACUUCGAGCUGGACCUCAGCAAGAAGAUCCUCAAUCUGCUCAAGGGUGCCUUCCCAGCCCGGCUCAAGAAGGUUUUCAUCGUGGGAGCGCCCAUGUGGUUCCGUGUGCCCUACUCCAUCAUCAGCCUGCUGCUGAAGGAGAAGCUGCGGGAGCGGGUGCAGAUGGUGAAGAUGUCGGAGCUGAAGGAGCACUUGCCCCGGGAAUGCCUCCCUGAGUACCUCGGGGGGUCCCUCAAACUGGACCCCCUGAGCUGGAAUUGCCGGUUCCUGCCCCAGCAGAACGGGCACCCCGACCCCCUGGACGAGCUCAUCCUGGUGCCGCUGGCGGCCCCCAAAGAUAACGGCUCCGUCCACGUCCCCGGGCCCCGGUCUGUCACCCUCCAGGAGCUGCUGGAUCACGUCAGCCACAAGCAGAAACGUGGCAUCUACGAGGAGUACGAAGACAUUCGGCGCAGGAGCCCGGCCGGCACCUUCGUCUGCUCGUUGGCACCCUACAACCAGGACAAGAACCGGUACGGGGACGUGCCCUGCCUGGACCAAACCCGUGUCAAGCUGGCGAAGCCGUACAGCCGCCCCGAGCUGACUGACUACAUCAACGCCAGCUUCAUGGAUGGCUACAAGCAGAGGAAUGCUUACAUUGGCACUCAGGGGCCUCUGGAAAACACCUACGGUGACUUCUGGCGCAUGGUGUGGGAGCAGAACGUCCUGGUGAUCGUGAUGACAACCCGGCUGGAGGAAGGAGGCAGGAGGAAGUGUGGCCAGUACUGGCCCCUGGAGAAGGAUUUCCAGGUGUGCUUUGGGGCCCUGACCAUCACCAACCUGGGCGUAGAGAACCUCAACCAUUACAAGAAAACCAUCCUGGAGAUCCACAGCUCAGAGACCAGGGAGCGGCGGCUGGUGUCCCACUUCCAGUACCUGAGCUGGCCGGAUUAUGGCGUCCCCUCCUCCGCUGCCACUCUCAUUGACUUUUUGGGGGCCGUGAAGCAGCAGCAGAGAGUGGCUGUCAGCGCCCUGGGGCCUCGCUUCAAGGGUCACCCCGGGGGACCCCCAGUCGUGGUGCACUGCAGCGCUGGCAUUGGCAGGACAGGUACCUUCUGCGCGCUGGACAUCUGCCUGUCGCAGCUGCAGGACGUGGGCACGCUGAACAUCUACCAGACGGUGCUGCGCAUGCGCACCCAGCGCGCCUUCAGCAUCCAGACCCCCGAGCAGUACCACUUCUGCUACACCGCCGUCCUGGAGCACGCCCAGCGCCAGGGGCUGCUGCCGGCCGCGCCGGACAGGGCCGCGCCGGGCCGC